GGCGGGGCGAGGACGCGAAAAAGCAGCGGGGCCAAGAUGGCGGCGCGGGCUCGGGCGCGGGCGGGGGGCAGCGGGGGCCGGGGGGCGGUGGGACGCUGACCCCGCCCCCUGCUGCUGCCACUCCGCGCCGGGCGUCGGCAGCCGCGGAGCCCGCAACAUGGCGGCCGCGGUACUCAGCUUCGGGCCCGAACGAGAGGCCGAGCCGGCCAAGGAAGCGCGCGUCGUGGGUUCCGAGCUCGUGGACACUUACACGGUUUAUAUCAUACGGGUUACUGAUGGCAACCAUGAGUGGACGAUCAAGCACCGUUACAGUGACUUUCAUGACCUACACGAAAAGCUUGUCGCAGAGAGAAAAAUUGACAAAACUCUACUUCCACCCAAAAAGAUAAUCGGCAAGAACUCCAGAAGCCUGGUGGAGAAGAGGGAGAAGGACCUGGAGGCGUACCUCCAGACCCUGCUGGCUGCCUUCCCUGAGGUGGCACCCAGGGUUUUGGCUCACUUCCUGCAUUUUCACUUCUAUGAAAUAAAUGGAAUCACUGCAGCACUGGCUGAAGAACUUUUUGAAAAAGGAGAACAACUUCUAGGAGCUGGUGAGGUCUUUGCCAUCAGGCCCUUGCAGCUCUAUGCUGUCACGGAACAGUUGCAGCAGGGAAAGCCUACUUGUGCCAGUGGUGAUGCCAAGACUGACCUUGGGCACAUCCUAGACUUCACCUGUCGCCUUAAGUACCUUAAGGUUUCCGGCACAGAAGGACCUUUUGGGACCAGCAAUAUUCAGGAGCAGCUCCUGCCCUUUGAUCUUUCAAUAUUUAAGUCUCUUCAUCAGGUGGAGAUAAGUCAUUGUGAUGCUAAGCAUAUCCGAGGGUUGGUCACCUGCAAGCCAACUUUAGCCACAUUGAGUGUCAGAUUCUCAGCAACCUCCAUGAAGGAAGUCCUUGUUCCUGAAGCCUCAGAAUUUGAUGAGUGGGAGCCUGAAGGCACAGCCCUGGAAGGCCCUGUGACUGCUGUCAUCCCUACCUGGCAAGCACUGACCACUCUAGACCUGAGCCACAACAGCAUCUCUGAGAUCGACGAAUCUGUGAAACUGAUCCCAAAGAUUGAGUAUCUGGACCUGAGUCACAAUGGAGUACUAGCUGUGGAGAACCUACAGCACCUAUACAACCUUGUGCACCUCGACCUGUCCUACAACAAGCUCUCCUCCCUGGAAGGCAUGCACACUAGACUGGGCAAUGUCAAAACCCUAAACCUGGCUGGCAACUUCCUGGAGAGUCUGAGCGGCCUGCACAAACUCUACUCCCUGGUUAAUCUGGACCUCAGAGACAACAGGAUCGAGCAGCUGGAGGAGGUCAAGAGCAUAGGCAGCCUGCCAUGUCUGGAGCGCGUGGCCUUGCUCAACAACCCUCUGAGCAUCAUCCCUGACUACCGGACCAAGGUGCUCUCCCAGUUUGGAGAAAGAGCCUCUGAGAUCUGUCUAGAUGAUGCUGUAACCACAGAGAAGGAGCUGGACACGGUGGAAGUGCUGAAGGCCAUUCAGAAAGCCAAGGAUGUCAAGUCUAAACUGAGCAACACAGAAAAGAAGGUUGCUGAGGACUCCCGGCUCCCAGCUGCUCCCUGCGUCAGACCCAGCAGCUCCCCUCCCACUGCAGCUCGCACCUCGGCCUCCCUGCCUCAGCCUAUCCUCUCCAACCAAGUGUCCGGCCGUGUUGUGAGCCCAAGGCCUAACCUCUUGUUGAACAGCUGCUCUUCCUGCCCACCUGCCUGCCCCGUCUCUGCAGGAAUCAUGUUCGUACAGGAAGAGGCCCUGGCCAGCAGCCUGUCAUCCACUGACAGUGUACCUCCCGAGGACCGGCCCAUUGCCCGAGACUGCUCUGACUCCCUGGAAUCUAUCCGCACAGAACAGGUGGCUUCUGAAGAUAUAAGGGAUGUGCCAGGAGCUGUUGGUGGUGCAAGCCCAGAACAUGCAGAGCCAGAGGUUCAGGUGGUGCCUGGGUCGGGCCAGAUCAUCUUCCUGCCUUUCACUUGCAUUGGCUACACAGCCACCAAUCAGGACUUUAUCCAGCGCCUUAGCACACUGAUCCGCCAGGCCAUUGAGCGGCAACUCCCUGCGUGGAUUGAGGCUGCCAACCAGCGAGAGGAAGCCCAGGGAGAGCAGGGUGAGGAGGAGGAGGAGGAAGAGGAGGAAGAGGAAGAGGAAGACGUUGCUGAGAACCGCUACUUUGAAAUGGGACCCCCAGAUGUAGAAGAAGAGGAAGGCAGUGGCCAGGGAGAAGAGGGGGAUGAGGAAGAUGAGGACGAGGAGGCUGAGGAGGAACGCCUGGCUCUGGAGUGGGCCUUGGGCGCUGACGAAGACUUUCUACUGGAGCACAUCCGCAUCCUCAAGGUGCUGUGGUGCUUCCUGAUCCACGUGCAGGGCAGCAUCCGCCAGUUUGCUGCCUGCCUUGUGCUCACCGACUUUGGCAUCGCUGUCUUUGAGAUCCCACACCAAGAGUCUCGAGGCAGCAGCCAGCACAUCCUCUCAUCCCUGCGGUUUGUCUUCUGCUUCCCACAUGGCGACCUCACUGAGUUUGGCUUCCUCAUGCCGGAGCUGUGCCUGGUGCUCAAGGUGCGGCACAGUGAGAACACGCUCUUCAUCAUCUCGGAUGCUGCCAACCUGCACGAGUUCCAUGCUGACCUGCGCUCCUGCUUUGCCCCACAGCACAUGGCCAUGCUGUGCAGUCCCGUCCUCUAUGGCAGCCACACCAGCCUGCAGGAGUUCCUGCGCCAGCUGCUCACCUUCUACAAGGUGGCUGGUGGCUCUCAGGAGCGCAGCCAGGGCUGCUUCCCCGUCUACCUGGUCUACAGUGACAAGCGCAUGGUCCGGACGGCUGCCGGCGACUACUCGGGCAACAUCGAGUGGGCCAGCUGCACGCUGUGCUCGGCCGUGCGGCGCUCCUGCUGCGCGCCUUCUGAAGCCGUCAAAUCUGCUGCCAUCCCCUACUGGCUGCUGCUCACUCCCCAGCACCUUAACGUUAUCAAGGCCGACUUCAACCCCAUGCCCAAUCGUGGCACCCACAAUUGCCGCAACCGCAAUAGCUUCAAGCUUAGCCGUGUGCCACUCUCCACUGUGCUGCUAGACCCCACUCGCAGCUGCACCCAGCCGCGGGGGGCCUUCGCGGAUGGCCACGUGCUUGAGCUGCUUGUUGGCUACCGCUUCGUUACCGCCAUCUUUGUGCUGCCCCAUGAGAAGUUCCACUUCCUGCGAAUCUACAAUCAGCUCCGGGCCUCGCUGCAGGACCUGAAGACUGUUGUCAUUGCCAAGACUCCUGCGGCUAGGCCAAGAUCCCAAAGCCCCCUCACGGGUGGCCAGCCUGCCAAGAGCAGGGCCAGUGAUGAGCAGCGGCUGCAGGAGGCCCCAGCAGAAGCUUUGGCUCCAGUUCCGGCUCCAGCUGCGGUCCCACCAGCGGCUCCAGCUCCAGUCCCAGCAGAGGCCGUGGCUCCAGUUCCAGCUCCUGUAGCAGUCCCAGUAGAAGACCCAGUUCUGUCUUCAGCAGAGGCUCCGGCCCCAGUGGAGGCCCCAGCAGAGGCCCUGGCACAAGCAGAGGCCCCUGCCCCGUACCCAAGCGAGCGCCUGAUCCAGUCCACAUCUGAGGAGAAUCAGAUCCCCUCUCACCUGCCAGUCUGCCCAUCGCUGCAGCACAUUGCCAGCCUUCAGGGGAGUGCCAUUGUUGAGCUCUUCCACAGCAGCAUUGCCGAGGUGGAAAACGAGGAGCUGAGGCACCUCCUGUGGUCAUCAGUGGUGUUCUACCAGACCCCGGGGCUGGAAGUGACUGCCUGUGUGCUGCUGUCCACCAAGGCCGUGUACUUCAUACUGCACGAUGGCCUCCGCCGAUACUUCUCAGAACCGCUGCAGGAUUUCUGGCAUCAGAAGAACACUGAUUAUAACAACAGCCCUUUCCACAUCUCUCAGUGCUUUGUGUUCAAACUGAGUGACCUGCAGUCAGUCAACGUUGGCCUUUUCGACCAGUACUUCCGGCUGACAGGCUCCUCCCCAGCGCAGGUGGUCACAUGCCUGACUCGCGACAGCUACCUGACGCACUGCUUCCUCCAGCACCUCAUGCUUGUGCUGUCCUCGCUGGAGCGCACACCCUCACCUGAGCCUGUUGACAAGGACUUCUACUCAGAAUUUGGGGACAAGAACACAGGGAAAAUGGAGAACUAUGAGCUGAUCCAUUCCAGCCGGGUCAAGUUCACCUACCCCAGUGAGGAAGAGGUUGGGGACCUGACCUAUAUCAUCACACAGAAGAUGGCUGAUGCUGAAAAGGCUCCAGCCCUCAGCAUCUUACUGUACAUACAGGCCUUCCAGGUGGUCACACCACAGCCUGGGCGGGGGCGGGCCCCGCUGCGCCCUAAGACGCUCCUGCUUACUAGCGCGGAGAUCUUUCUUCUGGAUGAGGACUACAUCCACUAUCCAUUGCCUGAAUUUGCCAAAGAGCCACCACAGAGGGACAGAUACCGGCUAGACGACGGCCGCCGUGUCCGGGAUUUGGACCGGGUGCUCAUGGGCUACCACCCCUACCCACAGGCCCUCACUCUUGUCUUUGAUGACCUGCAGGGCCAUGACCUCAUGGGCAAUGUCACUCUGGACCACUUUGGGGAGAUGCCAGGCAAUCCUGGCAGGGCUGGCCAGGGCCGGGAGGUUCAGUGGCAGGUGUUUGUCCCCAGUGCUGAGAGCCGAGAGAAGCUUAUCUCGCUGCUGGCACGCCAGUGGGAAACCCUUUGCGGCAGGGAACUGCCUGUGGAGCUCACUGGCUAGUGCACACCGCAGCAGCCCUGGCCUCUUGCCAGGUCUGGCCUAGUCUGGUGCCCACAAAGAUAAGGAAGCAGGCCUUCUGUGUUCUUUUUAAGGUGUUUGCCCUCCCUUGAUUCCUACAUGGAUUGCCUGUGGACCCCACACAGUUCCCACAGAGAAUGUGAACAUGUGUGUUCAGUUCAUUCUGGGAAGAAGUAUGCCAGCCCCACCAGAGUGUCCUUGUGCCAUCAGCUCUCCUUGUGUCUCCUGCCUCAGAAGUGGCAUGGCCAGACACACCAGCAUUGUUUUGUCUGUGAUUGAUGCCCUUAACGUGGCGCUGUGGACCUGAUAACCUUUGUGUUCUUUCCUGAAGUGUCCAGUCCUUCGUUGCUGUUGCUGUCAUUGUGGGCGUUUUGCUGCUAAUUAUGAAGCUGGUAGCAGAGUACAUAUUGCAAGCUCCCUUUUUGUGGCCUUUUCCAAAAUGGAGGCCUCCUCAGUUCCAGACAAGGGGAAGUCCUAUAGGGAGUUCCCAGGUCAUGGGUCCAAGAGGAGCCAGUGCAGGGGACCUAGAGCUGCCAGCACCAAGCGUAAUUCCUGUUGCCUAUUUUCUCAAUUCUAAUAAAGCAGACUUUGACACAG